AGUAAGCACGUAAACAUGCACGGCAAAAACUUUCGAGCUUCUAGUACGCUUGUAGUAAUGGCAAAGUAGCUUCGAGUGUCACUUAGAAGGAGCCUUUACUGUUCACUUGGAGGCAAAAGCAACGUGGGGCUCUGUCAAUGGAGAUAGCAUGGGGAUCUUCACUGUUGACUGACUGACAUGGCGCGCGUAAAUCAACGUGUGUGCUGUGCUGCGUCGUCCUUUGCUUCCCGGGUCGUCUGGGACGAACAACAAUUGGGGAUAAGCACCCGAAACCGAACAACCUCAAGGAACAGGACACAGACACCGUGCACAAGCAAGUGGGAAAAACGAGGAUUCAUCUUUAGAAAGCAAAACAAUCUCUACAGGGUAUCCCUCUCUGUCAAGUCUUCCGUCUUGAAGACAGGGCUGGCCCUCUGACGAACAGGGACAGUGACUGCAGACUCCCCAUGAAGGAAGAAUUAGAACAUAGCCGCGUCCUCGAGUUGUCACAUAUCGACCCCUCGGAUUCUCACCUCCAAGAGAUGCAGCUCUCUCCAGAGUUCAGUGGUCAGCUCGUGAGAGUGAAAUUGGAACCACCUGAUGUUCCAUGUCAACCAGAAGAGGGCCAGACACAGCAACAGCAGUGCAACGAGCCUUCACCAGGAGGUGAUGCUGAUGGAGUGACAUCUGGGACGUGUCGCGUUAAAGAAGAACCUCGAGAGGACUCUUCGAAUGAAGAUCCAAUCAUAGAAGUGAAGACGGAGCCCUACAAUACUGCAAUCUUGACAGAGCAGGACCAGAUGGGAUACAGCUGUCACUCAACAGCAGAAGGAGCAACGGCUGGCAUGUGUGACAUUAAAGAAGAACCUCGAGAGGAAUCUUCAAACGAACAUCCAAUCGUGGAAGUGAAGACGGAGCCUUACAAUGUUGCAGUCUUGACAGAGCAGGACCAGAUGGGACACAGCUGUGACUCAACGUCUGAAGGAGCAAGAGAAAACACUGGUGUUAAGGACCGGCCCAGAGGCACUUCUGAUCAAGAACAUUCGGGUUGCACUUGUUCAAAGGCACAGUUCAAGAUCAGCACAAUAACCAUUGAACCGCAAUUGGAUAACACUUCACUAGUCACUAUGGACGGUAUUCCCAUGGAGCGACCUCCAGACCAGAGCAAGCCAUAUGCACUUGCGUACACGUCGAAAGGCCUCACGCUUGCACAGUGUCACAAUGAGUCUGAAAUAUGUCCGGCUACUCCAUCGGACGAUCUGAUGGGAGAGGAGGGCUUUAGGUACGACAUCUGUUCCUCUGCAUUCUUGCCGUCUGGGAGUGACGCGAGUCACGUGUCGAAGCGUACUGAUGAGAAGUCAUACAAGUCCGACCCCUGUUCUGCACAGUUCCACCAGAGGAGGAGCCUGCGGUGUCACAGGCGCACACAUAUGGACGAGAAUUUGCACAAGAGUCAUACCUGCCCUGCGAAGUUCAGCCGGAUUGCGCACCGGCGGCUUCACAAGCAAGCACACACUCACGAAAAACUACACAAGUGCGAUGCCUGCCCAGCAGAGUUCAGUCAGAGCUGGCACCUACAGCGUCGCAAGCGGACACACAGGGACGAGAAAACAUACAAGUGCAAUGUUUGUCCUGCGGAGUUCGGUCAGAGAGGGAGCUUUCAGCAACACAAGCGGACACACACGGGUGAGAAGCCAUACAAGUGCGAUGCCUGCCCUGCUAAGUUCAGAAGGAGUGGGACCCUACAACAGCACAAAGUGACACACACGGGCGAGAAACCAUACAAGUGCAAUCUUUGCCCUGCGGAGUUCGGUCAGAACGGGCUCCUCCAGCGUCACAAGAGGACACACACCGGCGAGAAACCACACAAGUGCGAUGUUUGCCCUGCUAAGUUCAGCAGAAGUGCGACCCUACAACAGCACAAACGGACACAUACGAGCGAGAAGCCACACAAGUGCAAUGUCUGCUCUGCAGAGUUCGGUCGUAGCGAUAGCCUACUGGAUCACAAGCGGACACACACGAGCAAGAAGCCAUACAAGUGUCAUGCCUGCAAAGCGGAGUUCAGUGAGAAAUGGAACCUACUGCAGCACAAGCAGAUACAUACCGGCGAGAAGCCAUACAAGUGCGAUGCCUGCCCGGCGAAGUUCAUUCAGAACGCUCUGCUCCAGCGUCACAAGCGGACACACACCGGCGAGAAACCAUACAAGUGCGAUGCCUGCCCGGCGGAGUUCAGUGAGAGAGGGAACCUACGGCAGCACUGGCGGAUACAUACCGGCGAGAAGCCAUACAAGUGCGAUGCUUGCCCGGCAAAGUUCGUUCAGAACGGGCAGCUCCAGCGUCACAAGCGGACACACACCGGCGAGAAACCAUACAAGUGCGAUGCCUGCCCGGCGGAGUUCAGUGAGAGAGGGAACCUACAGCAGCACAAGCGGAUACAUACCGGCGAGAAGCCAUACAAGUGCGAUGCUUGCCCGGCAAAGUUCGUUCAGAACGGGCAGCUCCAGCGUCACAAGCGGACACACACCGGCGAGAAACCAUUCAAGUGUGAUGUCUGUGGGGUGGAGUUCAGUGAGAGAGGGAACCUAGAGCAGCACAAGCGGAUACAUACCGGCGAGAAGCCAUACAAGUGCGAUGCCUGCUCGGCAAAGUUCAUUCAGAACGGGCUGCUCCAGCGUCACAAGCGGACACACACCGGCAAGAAACCAUACAAGUGCGAUGUUUGCCCUGCGGAGUUCAGUCAUAGCGGGCACCUACAGCAGCACAAGCGGAUACAUACGGGAGAGAAGCCAUACAAGUGCGAUGCCUGCCCGGCGAAGUUCAGCAGGAACGGGGAACUACAGCGUCACAAGCGGACACACACCGGCGAGAAACCAUACAAGUGCGAUGUUUGCCCUGCUGAGUUCAGUCAUAGCGGGGACCUACAGCAGCACAAGCGGACACAUACGGGAGAGAAGCCAUACAAGUGUGCUGCCUGCCCGGCGAAGUUCACCAGGAACGGGCAGCUCCAGCGUCACAAGAGGACACACACCGGCGAGAAACCAUACAAGUGCGAUGUUUGCCCUGCGGAGUUCAGUCAUAGUGGGCACCUACAGCAGCACAAGCGGACACACACGGGCGAGAAGCCAUACAAGUGCAAUGUCUGCCCUGCUAAGUUUAGCAAAAGUGGGACCCUACAACGGCACAAACUGACACACACGGGUGAGAAACCAUACAAGUGCAAUCUUUGCCCUGCGGAGUUCCGUCAGGGAGGGAACUUACAGCAGCACAAACGGACACAUACGGGCGAAAAGCCAUACAAGUGCAAUCUUUGCCCUGCGAAGUUCAGUCAGGGAGGGCACUUACAGCAGCACAAGCGGACACAUACGGGAGAGAAGCCAUACAAGUGCGAUGCCUGACUGGGGGAGUUCAGCAAAAGUGUGGGUGCAUGUCUAGUUUAGCGGCGCCACUCGAUUUCAAACUUCUAAUCUACAUAC